UACUACAGUACUACUGUUGCUAUUACAAGAUUACAAGAGCCUGUUGUCUUUGCAGGAACAGGAAGUGUUCUUACUUUUGAUGAAGAAGUAGAAAUGGAUGCCAUAAUAAUGGAAGGCACAACAAUGAAAGCAGGUGCUGUUGGAGCAAUUCGUAAUGUUAAGAAUCCUGUAAAGGUUGCAAGGCUUGUCAUGGAGAAAACCCCUCAUGUCCUUCUUGUUGGGGAAGGUGCUAAUAAGUUUGCUAUUGAACAUGGUAUAGAGGAAGUUGAUCCUGACACACUUAUCACACCAUAUGCAAAGGAGAAACUAGCAAAAUUUAAACAAUUCAACAAGACUGUAUAUAGUCUCUUCAAUAAAUUUGACCCAGUGGAAGGUGAUGGCCAUGAUACAGUAGGUUGUGCAGUGGUUGAUGGCUCUGGUCAAACAGCUUGUGCCACAUCAACAGGGGGUAUUACAGCCAAGAUGCCAGGACGUGUAGGAGAUAGCCCUAUUGUUGGAGCUGGUGGAUAUGCAGAUGAUAUGGUUGGGGCUGUGUCCACUACUGGCCAUGGUGAAGCAAUAAUUAGAUCAUGUCUGGCUCGACACAUUGUUGGAAAUAUGUCUUCAGGGAAAUGUGCUUUAAAGGCCACAGAAGAAAGUCUAGCUUACAUGGAAUCUCGUAUCAAUGGGUUUGGUGGAGCUAUAGCAGUUUCGUGUAAAGGUGAUGUAGCUACUAAUUUCUCAACACCUCGAAUGCCUUGGGCUUAUGUCAAAGAAGGAAAGCUCCAUUAUGGUAUACACCCUGGGCAACAUGAAGUUGAAGAUUAUUAAUAAUAUACAUAUAUAAUAAUAUACAUGUACAGUACAGUAAUUAUUGAAAAUUCUGGAGUAUUGGCACAAUGCAUAAUUUGAAACAUUUAAGAUUAAUUAUAAAAAGCAAUUUGGUUAUUUAAAAUUCACACUACUAUAUAUCAGCUGAAAUGUACAGCAGUACCUUGACCUACGAGUUUUAUUCAUAUUGUGGCCGAACUUAUAGCUUGAUUUGCUUGCACAUCAAAUAAAUUUUCCACAUUGACAAUACUUAUAAUGCACUUAUAAUGCCCUUAAUCUGUUUCAACCCUCAAAAUGCUACCCCAUAUUUUUCUGUUUUAUGUUAUUAAAUAAGUUAAAUACAUUUCUAAAUAACAAGUAUUGUAUUAAAAUAUAAUAUAAAGAGUAUGUAAAAGAUAUAUUCUAAGGUUUUAUACAGUGUACAUGUAGUGUUCGAGUUACGAUAAUUCGUCUUAUGAUAAUCCGAUUUUACAAUGGGGUGAGCAAUUAAUACUGAUAUGAUAAUAUUUUGAAAAUAUUUUAAAAUUUCGCUUGCAACGAGUGUAGGCAGCAGCGUACAGUUGGGGAGCGAAAGACACCAAAUUACAAUAGCCUAAGGGAGAGAGAGAGAGACCAAAUCACAAUAGCCUAAUUUUAUCCCAUCUUCUAGUUAAAUUAAGUUCAAAAACUGCAAAAGAGAAUGAUGAAAGUAUUGUUUUCACGUUAUACUCAUUGCGUAAAUGUGUACAGCCAUGAACAACCAAACAUGAAACAACUUUUUUUUGCUAAGUACAACCGAAUUGGAUAACAACAUCUGUUUGGCUUGUAUUUCAACCAUCGUACGAUAGUAACAAUUACUGUAGUUGUGUUAAAAAUGACAAUGUUGAAUAGGACUGAGAUAUUUUCAUGUAAUAACUUUAUUUGCUAUAGAUCAAAGAUCAAUAAGGAAAUAUUCUGUUAAAAUUAAAUGUACCAAGUUGUAGCUGAAGCUGAGAAAACUGUUCAAGCUGCAAAUGACUUAUCGUGCAUCGGCAACAAGGAUAAAAUCUCUCGUAAAUUUAUGCCAUCAAAUACAACUAGAUAAAAUUGAGAAAAUAAUUUUUAAUCAAAACUACUGGGCUUGAAAGAACACAUUUUAUUGUUUUUUUCACACUGAUAAAAAAUAAAUAAUGAAAAGCUCAUAUUACGAUGAAAUAAAGUGAAAAUAACGAACAGAAUCACAUAAUUUUUUACUCAAUAAACAGCCCGCAAUUGCAGUCUGUUAACGAAAAAAAUAAUUUAGUUCACAAUCACAACGAGAUGUACAUAUUCAACUUGAAUAUGUACGACUUAAAAACAUGUCGUGGAACAAAAAAUGACCUUGUUUCAUAUAAGUCAAAUAUAUCUAGAUAUUCGUUUAUACUAACUAGAAGCAAAGAUAUUCACUCAGACUUGAGUUAAAUAUGGGGAAAUAAACUUUUUCACCAUCAGCCAAUUUCCAAACCAAAACAUUGACUGCUAUGUUAGUAUUUUAUAUAAUAAUAAUAGUAGUAAGAGAAUACUUACUAUAUUAUUGGAUACAGUGAAGUCAUGUAUAACUUUUUAAAAGAUUCUUGGAAAAGAUGCAAAUACAUAAUUACUUUUCCUUCCUUGCUUAUCUUAAUUAUCGUUACUAUGCCAUAUACGUAGCAGCAUCAUCUAGAGCUUGUACCUCAAUUUUUUGCUCGCACAACAUUGCAAAAUAUCGACUGAGUGACGACUCGUACCUCGGAAAACUCGUACAUUAAUUCACUCGUAGGUCAAGGUACCACUGUACAUAGCUUAUUUUAGUUUAUUGUUAUAAAAAAAAAGCCUUUCAAAUCACUUAGGAAAUAGCCAAUGUAAAUUUUGGCUGACAAGUUUCAAGUUUUGAUGUACAGAAUUUGAGACUGACAUAUAUGAUAAGGUACUAUUAAUUUUUUGUUUUAUAAGAACACUGGUGCUUCUGUUAUUAAAACUCAAGCUAUUUUGGAGUAAGAUGUUUUGGAUUAAGUUUUAAGAGUUUGAUUUCUUUCCUUGAAUUCAGGGAGUUAAGUCAUAUUUACCCCAUAAUAAUGAGUUCUUGGUAAUUUCAAGAUUUAUGUGAUCAUGUUACAUUUAUUGUCAUAUAGCCUAGCACCACUGCAGAGUACUGCAGAGUACUGCAGAGAUUCAUAAUUAAGUUUUAGUUGGGAAUUUUAUUCUGUUAUAGAUUUUCACAAACUACAGAUUUCAUCUCUCUUUGAGUAUUGCUCUUAAUAUCAUAAAUAUUCUCUUUCAAUUUCUAAUUAGUUCACUAAAUAUCUUGAUUAGUGGGUCACAAACCUGUACAGGUAUGAAGUUAUAGGACCAAAUUUAUGAAAUACUUCAGGAAGCACUGAUUAUUCAAAUAAUUUGGCAGAUUAAUGUUUGAAAUAGUAUUUAUUGUAAUUUGGCAAAUUAAUGUUUGAAAUAUUAUUUAUUGUGUGAGAUUUGUACAUCCUACAGUGUAACCAGGUUGAAAAUGUCCAGAGUUUUUUGGUUGUUAAUCAAGUAUGUACUUAAUAUUGUAAUAAACAUCCACAGCCUUAA